AUGCAGUGCCACAAUUCCACUCCCUACCCUCCACCAGACGUUCACCCAGCAUGGGCAUCGACACCAGCUUCGCAAAUCACUCCCUUGCACAGCCCAGCACCUCCCUUACAGAGCGCCUCACCACCCCCCAGCCCCGACUUCCUCAUCGUCUGCCUCUUCGCACUGCGCCUAGCCCGAAAGCUUAUCCAGUCUCUCGACUCCUAUCCCGAGCGCCUCGAUGACAUCAGAUGGCUGGACCAUUUCCUCGAUCCCUACGACUCGUCGUACGAUCUGGCGAAGAUAGCAGGCUCCACUAAAAUGGGCUACACAGAAAUGUAUCCAGAAAUCGUGGCGAGGAUGAGGAGGCAGCAGAGAUACCCGUUUUGGUUCAUGGCGAUGAAUCCGGUUACGCCGAAUCACCGUGAGGCACUGAAUAGGCAGGGGGAAAUGACUGCUGGUGGGUCUGAACGAGUGGAGAUAAUCAACUUCGCAGAUGCGGCAAGAGAGUGGGGGUCGACUGUGCUUGUCCCGCAGAGUGAAGCAAGACGCAUGCUUGAGUUGGCGGACCAGAGACGUGUGGCUGAUCUUGGAAAGGGACGGGGUAUGGCUGAUCGUGGGGAGAGGCGUUCUCGUGUGGAGGAGCGGCACCCUAACGUCCGGGACAAUUUUCCUAGUAUUGGGAAUGUUAUCGACGACGACGAUGAUUAUUUUCCGGGCAGACACUAG